GGUUUGUUUUCUAGUAACAUGCUUUGGAACACCUUAUUUCCUGCUUUUUUUUCUCUGUCAAACCACAUAAUGUAUUUUUAGCAAUGAAACAACAUAUAACCACAUAGUUUUGAGAGAAGAAAUCUUCUGUUAACUAUAAUCUGGUAACUUAGCAGUAUGUUUUAUGAUGUGUCUUAAAUGAGAGAUGUUUUGGAGCAAUGGAAGAUGGCUGGGUUAGAGUUUUUUUCUAGCCAUUUUGAUGUGGCAAGGGGUGUGAAAGCAUAAAAGUUAAGGUGAAAGCGCAUAUCUGCAUCAGUUGUCUGGAGCAGAGGCCGAUGGACACAUGGGGAUUUCAAAGUACAAGGAUCAUUUUGGAAGACGACUAAUGAUGAGAUACUGUUUAAUUGUUUUGCUCUCCUCAAUAAUAUUCUGCUCCUCUGAUUUGGAUGUUGUUCAGGAGAAUAAUGUAAAAAUAGUUCGAGCUGGAGAGGAUGUGAAUUUUACUUGCACAUUUUCAAAUGUUCUGCAAGCGACAAAAGCAUGGUUGAAACAGACGGCUGAUGGAAAAUCCUCACAAAUUGUCUCUUCAUAUUUAAAUCAACCACCCAGUUGGAAUAAGAGUUUUGAGAAAACAAAUCGUUUUUAUGUUUUUAAAGAAAAUGAUCAUUUCAAUCUGACCAUUUUAAAUGUAAAGCCUUCAGACACAGCAACGUACUUCUGUGUAGUCUCAUCAUAUAACAUCAUUGGAAUGGGUGCGGGAUCCAGAUUACUUGUCAGAGAUGCAGCCAUGGGUAGAAACACAACUCUUCAGCAGUCUUUGAUAGACACGCUUCAUCCAGGGGAUUCUGUGAGUUUGCAGUGCAGCAUCUUCACUGAGAGUUGUGCAGAAGAACACAGUGUCUACUGGUUCAGACAAAGCUCAGGAGAUUCUCAGGGAGUGCUUUACACAAAAGGAGAGAGAAAUGGUCAGUGUGAGAACAGCACUGAGUCUCAAACACAGAGCUGUGUCUACAAUCUCUUCAAGAGAAAUGUCAGUCACUCUGAUGCUGGGAUUUAUUACUGUGCUGUGGCCGCAUGUGGAGACAUACUGUUUGGAAAAGGAACCAAACUAAAUGUUACAGAAAACGGUCAUGCGAAUCCAGCUCUUGCUGCUCUUGGAAUUUUAACCAUAAUUUGUUUGGCCCUUGUGGUUUUUCUGGGAAUAAAACAAUGCAUUAGUCAGAAUAAAGCACCCAAACCUCUGGAGAGACUAAAUGAAGACACGUUGAAUUAUGCAGCUAUUAGUUUUAGUCAGAAACCUAUUAACACCAGAAGAGCCAAAGUGAACAUCAGUCAGGACCAGUCUCUGUACGCACAGGUCAGAUCACACCAGUGACAUUCAGAGCAUUGAAGGAUUAUUUUACUUCUACACUGUAUAAAUGUUUGUUCAUCCAACAUGUUGUCUUUUAAAAACAUAUUUGGUUGCAUACAUUUAACUUGUCAAAAACUAUUUUCAAUUCUACUUAUCUUCAAAUUAUAGACGAGUUUUAGUGUAAUGAAUGAUCACUGCUGAUACACAUUUGAUUUUCAUUUGAAUUCGCCAGCAAUUACAAACAUACUGGGCAAAUAUUUUCUAAAAGACCCUUGUAAUGUAUUAUAGUUAUCCAUAAUUAAUAAAGAAAAAUAAAGAAUCUAUAAGUCCUAUAAGGAUCAUGUCCAGGGUUUUCCCUAGGAGUUAAAAUAGAGUGUUUUGUUAUACAUCAGAUAAAAGUAGUUAACAAUGUAAUUAAAAUAUGGAUUAAAUGACACGGGUUACUGUGCUAUUUAGACAUUGUUCUGUACAUUGUUAGUUUUUUUAGGCUUAGUAAGGUUUGUUGUUUUCUGGGCAACUUUGAAAAUACAUGUUAUUGUAUGUUCCGUAACAUGUUCAAUAAAGUAAUUUUGUGUUUGUUUGUUUCAUUUGCAACUUCUAAAUGAAUAAAUGUAUAUGUGCAUGUCAUAUAUGAGUAUUCAUGUACAUUGUUCAUAGCCAAUGACGCUGUAGAUGCUUAUUUAAACAAAUACUUAUGAUGAUAUGGGGGGUGGGAGGUGGGCUGAAUUAUUCCUUUAAAAAAGAAAGUGUGUGAAAAUGUGAAUUUUAACAAAUAUAAUAUGUCUC